AUGGGUCGGGCAACAGAGGCACAACGUGCCGAAAUGGCAAAGGAGGAAAAACUACAGCGGGCGCUGCAUGAAAACCGGCAACUCAAACAAGAGGUUCUGGGAUUGCGCGAUAAGUUGAAGAUAUUGCAAGUAAAGUUUAAUAAGGUAACUAAUGACCUGAAGCGUGUUUCACCUGACAUGUUAAAACAUCUUAACGAGGUUGCUUCAUCCGCUGCAACAUCACCGCCCCUCUCGUCAAUGCGGACCGCCACAAGCGUUGGCGGUGCUUAUGCUACCCGGCAAUCAACACCGGGUAAAAGAUCAUUUUCUCUUCAGCCGCAUGCGGGAACCGGUGAGGGGGCUGCUCUAUCAUUGGGAGAGGCGGUGGACCCUGCAGAGUUGCAACAGUGCCGUGAAGCACUUCAUCGCGCCCAAUUAGAGAUCGUAGCGUUACGUGCUAAUACCGCCGCAACUGUGGGGGGUACAACAGCUGGUCCCUCGCCACCAUCUCCGGCUAUGGUCACUGUAAUAGAAAAACUUAGACAGGAUCUUGCUAGCGCUGUGGUGGAGCGAGACCAACGCGCUGCUGAGGUUAGUGUACUUCGUGACGAGUUAACACGGACUCGCACCCAACUGGAAGAUGUGCAAUUCACUCAACAGCAGCAACUUGCUGUGGAGAGGCACACUUGUGGCAUGCUUAACGGGCGUGCCCAAGCGGCCGAGAGUGGAAAACAGCAGCUGGAAGCCGAAUUUCGUCGUUCCGUUGAAAUUCUCACACGGGAACGGGAUGAACUUGCACUUAAGCUUCGCCUGUUACAAGAGGAGAUGGACAGCGAAAAACGGUACGGGGCGGGCACCGUUGAUCCCACACAGCUUGUUCAAGUUCAGGCAGAUUUGCAGGAUAAGUCAAGGCAAAUCACUAUUUUGACUAGUCGUAUGCAAGGGUCGCAGCAGCAGGUGGAGACUCUUAAGAACGAAUGCAGUCGCCUUUUGGAUGAACUCCAGAAGUUUCACGCGAUGCAUACAGAAACGAAGCGGCAGCUACUGGAACUGGAAGGUGAGCGAAAUUUGUUGCAAGUACGCUGUGCACGUGUCGAGGAGUUAGAACGGACCGUGAAGCACAAAAGCGAGGAACUUAUUCGUACCGAGCAGGAACUUUUGCGCACAGCAAGUACCCUGCAGAGUUGCAAUAGAGAAACUGAAGAGGCUGUUCGACGUGAAUUCUCCUCCCGCCUGGCAGAUGUUCAGGGAAUGCGGGACUCUGCUGAGGCACAACGGCGUGAAAAGGAACGACAGCUCCUCGAGGCGCAACGUGAGUUGGGGGAGCUGCGUCGUCAGUUAGAACUCACUCGCGAAAACGCCACUAUGUUCCAAGCGCAGUUGGAGAAAUCGGAGGAGGAACGACAAAAGUUAUCAGCAAUGGCCUCCGUGGCGGGGUAUACUGUGAAAGAGUUCGGUGAUGAAAAGGUUAGACGUGCCCUGGCGGUAGUGGCCAUGCGAGGUGACUCUGGUAUUGACCGUAACGGUGGGACCGGAGGCGUGACAAAUGGGUUUAGUGAUAAGGUUCCGGUCAAUGCGUCAGACGGCGCGGCGGGGGAGGCGCUUGAAAUGUGGGAUGCACUUCGGUGGGAUGAGGGAUGGGAGGCACAACAGUUGCGUGAAGCACUUGCAAGCGCCGCCCUCGACAUGGAACUGGCCGAAUCCCGCUGUACUCAAAUGAACGAACAACUUGAACGAAAUCGUCACCUAAUGCAGCAGCUGUCGCAUGAACGCGACGCACUGUUAGAAGAGAACAUAGAGAUGCGGCGGCGGCUCACGCAUGUUCAAACUGCGUUUGCCAAACAGCAACUGGAGUCAUACAAUGCGGCGAAGACGCGUGGCACCACAAAUGGAGGAAAGGGAUCAAGCGAUGGUAUUAUCAACUUUUGCAUACAUGAUUUGGAGUGUAACGAUGCAAUGCUGCGUGCUUUGGGUGCUUCCCAAGUCGCCGGUGCGGCUGUCACUCUGUUCUUCUCGCUCGAUGGUCUACGGUCGUACGAUACGAUGAUGUCGCCCAUGUUCUACUCACUUGAUAGCCCUCUUGACAUACGCUUCUGCUACGAUCGUCUUGACCGUGAUGAAGCUACUGUUGCGGAGAUACGUGCAACAACGUUCGUGUUUCAACUUCACCAGGUAUGUGGCACGGGAACAAACAUUGUCGCUAUGGGGGAACUUCCGGGUGUUGCGCUUCUGCAGGCACGAGAAUCAGCCGUUCUGGAACGCGUUAAGCUAGUAAGCGGUAGCGGGGAGGAAGUUGGGGUUGUCGCCGUUGAGAUGUGUGCUCUCAACCUGUUGUUACCUAUUCUGCUGGAUCGUCCACUCUCAGGCGUUGGAAAGGAUGGCGACUUUUGUCUCAGCUCAGACGCAGUGCGUGCAGCACUGGUGGCCAUGCGCAGUGUCGUUGCACUCCGUGUGCAAGUUUUCCGUGCUGAUGGCCUGCAGAAUUCACCCACACCGCAACCGUAUGUUUUCUACACCGCGGCGAUGCCAUCUACGACACACGGUGGGAUUAGUUGUAUCCGUGAUACAGUUGUUCACACGUCCACGAAAGCCUUAACAUCCGAUCCUGUGUUUGACGAGGAACCUAUCGACCAUCGUGUGGUAGUGGACAGUGAGUUGAUUUCAUUUGUGUCUGAGAGCUCGGUGGUAUUUGUUGUGUUUGACGCGCAGGCGCGAGAUGUGCGUUCGAAUUUGGGCGUUGCGGAGGUUCCAUUAAGGCCAUUACUUGCAUCACCACAGGCGGUAAUACGCAAGACGGAGGUGUUACAUCCACAGGGAACGCUGAGCAUCGGACUAUCGUGGGUGUGUAGAAGUUAA